AUGGCCACCAGUGGUUCCUCUAUUCCAGCACUGCACAUGACAAUGCCAACCUGGCACUCCCCCAAAGCUCAGUCACAGAUUGAGCCACACGUGCAGGUUGUCGAGAUCAACAGAGGGAGCAAGGUGAAGUACGAGCUUGACAAGAAGAGCAGUCUGAUGAAGGUGGAUCGUAUCCUAUACUCGUCUGUGGUGUACCCGCACAAUUAUGGUUUCAUUCCACGCACCCUUUGCGAGGACGAGGAUCCCAUCGAUGUUCUGGUCAUCAUGCAGGAACCCGUGAUGCCUGGAUCGUUUGUCCGAGCUAGAGCCAUUGGGUUGAUGCCUAUGAUCGAUCAGGGUGAGAAGGACGACAAGAUCAUCGCCGUGUGUGCCGACGACCCCGAGUACAGACAUUUCAAGGACAUCAACGAGCUUCCACCGCACCGAUUGGCGGAGAUUCGGCGGUUCUUUGAGGAUUACAAGAAGAAUGAGAACAAGGAAGUAACGGUGGAUAACUUCCUGGGCCACGAAGCUGCGAUUCAAGCCAUCAGUCACUCCAUGUAAGCGUUCUUGUCGAGAAUUCCUAUUUGAUGUGUUGA